AAUUUGACUAAAGCAAAGAAUAGAUAGAGAUGUCAUUUCUAUAUAGUUAUUCGAACACUUCAUAAAGCAAAAUGUCGAUCAUAUCACACUCAUUUUCUAUUUCUUUUCAUGAUUUGUUCAAAUGAAUUAAUCAAACUCACAAUUAUAGGAGAACAAUUUUUACGUGAUUUUAAAUAUUAGCACAAGAAUGAGAACUUCAUUUUUGCAUAGGUAGGAUAGGUAAAUUAUUAAGAAAAAAAGUUGUAUCGGCUAUUUCUGAUACACCUAGACCUACGCCUAAUAUUUCAUGCGUUGCAUUUUUAAUCGAGAUUAACGUUUUCAUUUUUAACGCGUUCUUCGAAACAUGUGCGAUACCGGUUUUGGUAUAAGAUCUUCCUUCAAACCUAAAUCAUCUUCGUCAGGCAAACCACUGGUUAAAUCAUUGUGAAACGUUUAAUGAACAAGGUGUUUAAAAUCAUUAAUUUCGUGAUUUUAAUUACUUGGUAUUCAGUGACCAGAUAUUUAAAUGAAUUCUCAUUUCAAUUACCUAUCAAAUGUACUCAAAAUUUAAUUAAUGUUAUUUCAAGAUGGGUGUUUUGCUGUCGUCUUGUGCUCCUAAUUUUCAUUCAAAAAUUUCAUUUUUAACUGAAAAUUUUAAAAAUUUUGAAAGUGGUACGGUUUCAUCAUCUUCAUGGGUCGCACAAAUGAAUCGAAAUUACGAAGAUGAUGAGGCGAUUUAUUUCAACAAUACGCUCGAAAAUCAUUGGAAAACUAAAAAAUAUAAUGAAAUUAACGUAAACGAGGAUAAUGUUUUUCAGAAACCCAUAAGACCCAAAAAUAUGCCAAGAUAUCAAUUUUCUACGUUGGAAAAAGGAGUAUUCAUUAAUAAGACGCAAGCAGAAGAUUUCACCGAUUUAUCAGUAGUUUUAAUGCAUUCGACCGUUCUAGAGGGAUCAAAUAAUAAUAAGAAGUAUUUACCAUUAGGAACUGUAUUAAACGUAUUGUACGAAGAAGAAGAUUGGCUUUAUGUGCAAACUGCUGAUGGACAAUUGGGUUACGUUGACAACAAAGUUUGUAUACCUCUAGAAAUUUUCUCCUUACCUUCAAUCAACGAUAAUGAAACUUUUGCAACCCACAAAAAAAAUACUUUAAACGUUAUUUCUUCGGAAAAAAUAAUUAAUAUGCCAAAUUUCAGUAAUUCCGACGUACAAUGCACUGAAAAAGAUUUUGACUUAUUAUACCUUCGAUUAACAAGAAAUAAUGUUCAAUCAAAAAAAUGCGGCAAGUGUACCGUGAAAGCGAUAUUACAGAAAAACAACGAAGAACAAAAAACUAUCAUACUCGUAAUUAAAACGGAUUAUGUGAGUAAAGCGAAAGAUACGUUGAGUGUUAGAAAAGGGGAUAUAGUGUUUCUAAUUCAUUGCUGCGUAAAGGGUUGGUUUUGGGUUAAAAAUAAACAUAACAUGGAAGGUUUUAUUCCAGCAGCAACCGCUGGAUACUGGUGUGUGUAAUAAUGAAGUAACAAUACGUCUGAAUGAUAAACAGUGAGAGUAGAAACAUAAAAAUUUGUUGUAUUUAAAAUUAACUGAUUUUAACAUUUUUUUUCCUUUUGUGAAAUGACGAAUAAAAAAUUAUAUAUUAUUUUAAUCAAUAAAAUGGUAUCACGAAU